UUUAUAUAGAAAACGUGAUAAUUGAAUCGUGUGUGUAUCAAACGUCCAGAUCGUUUAUUCAAUCAGCUGGUCACUUGUAGAACCGCCUUGAAUGUUGGCAUACAAGUGCAUGGAGCAGUUGGCUCUCGCCAGGGCUCCAAGAAGGAUGUGCGAUCGGGGGUGUACGCUUCUUGAAACUGCCACCGGUUUCUUGCGUGCCGGCCGCUUCAUGGCCUAUAACGCGGCACCAUAGCCUUGGCUAUUUAAUAAAAUAUCUUUAUUUCGUGGUUUAUUUAUCCGUCCGGUGUAAAGAGUGUGAUUAACAUAUUUGCAAAAAUGAAAUAAAUCGUUGGCGAAAAAGUUUUUGGUGACGAAUCAUUUUUCACGGCGGAAACGAUAUCGAGGAUCGUCGACGUUCGUUACUUACCGUGUACUUAAUGUAAAGUUUAAAUUUGAUGUUAAAACUUGUAUUUUCAAGAUUAAAAACGACAAAUAUUUUCAAGACGAAGGUGGUGCGUUCGGCAUUUUUACGACGUGCUUAGGUUAAGUGUCAACAUACUAUCGUUGAAUGACAAGUUCAAAAGGAGACAGAUACCUAUUUGUCGUCUCAAUUAUUUCAAAGUUUUUCUUACGAAUGUUGAACAACUGCUUGAAUUCUAUCUUUGAGAAAGAGCAAUAAACGUCAUUCAUUAUAGUGAAGAAACGAAGAGCGAAGCUCGCCAUUGCAAGAGGUCAAAUCCAACAUAUUUGUGUGCGCUUUUUGGUGUAACGAAAAUUUUUACAAACACAAAUCGAUUAAUACUGUGGAAGUGUUUUAGUAAAGAAAAUUUGUAAAUUUUUCAACAGUUUAAUGAUUAUGCGUUUUAUCAACAAAUGAAAAUGAUAUGAGAUGAUUUUUCGAUAACAUAAUUUGAUAAAUUAAACAAAAUUUGACAAAAUAAAUAAAAUAAAAUCUGAUUUUAAUCAGUUAUUAUUAAAUCAUUGAAUAUUGGAAUUAUGAUUUUAUUAAUUUAUAUUUAAAUGCAAAAAACCAAAAGAAAAUAUGUACAACUGAAUGACAAAAAAAUAUGAUUGGCAUGUGUUAACAAAUCAUAGGGUUUGUUAUCAAUAUCAUCUAAAAGUUCACAUCAUUUUUGUACUUAAUGCAAAACCUAACCUCAAUGCAAAUAAUACAAAGUACUUAUCAUAGAUCGAAAUCUGCACUACUUUAAUUUUUAUCAAUGAAAUAAAUUGGAGAAUACAUGAAGUUAAUUUUUAUGGUUUUUAAAACAGUAAUUGGUACUUAACAGUCUUUCAAUCUUGGAAAGGAGAAAACACAUUGUGCCAUUAUCUAUUUAUCGACAGUGUAUAGAGUUCUAUGGUGAAAAAUUUGUUCAGUGUGUGUAUACAUAAUUCGUGAAACGCUUUUUGAUAUUAACAAUUUCAUUGCUACUAACAAAGCAGCUAUUGGGAAAGCACGCAACGAUUAUUUUCCAUAGCAGCAACAAGAACGAUUAUUACACAAAUUAACGACAUCGUUGCUAAAAAAUUUUUAAACAGUACAACGCAUCGUAUCAAGAUACCUCGAUGGAGAGUUCCGGUGGCGAAAAGCAGAACGAAUCGGACGAGUGCGAUGUGACUGCCAAUAAUCAGCACCAUAAGAAUAAAAUGACGGGUCAGGACGAGGACAGUAACGUGAGAAUAAGUAAGGAUUUAGGGGAGCAGGAGGCGUUGAAGAAUUUGAAGAACUUAGAGAAUAUCAGUCAAAAUGACGAGGCUUCGAAUAAAUUAUCAAAGGCUGUGCCCCAUGAGGACGAGGAUGACGAGGACGAGUGUAAAGGGUCCGACGAGGACGAGCUCAAAGAGGAGAAAACGGAUGGGAAAAAGGACGAGGACACGUCGAGCAGCACAACGUCAACGAGCACCUCUGAUGACGAGUCCGAGACUAGCUCGGACGAUAAGACGGAGGCUUCGAAGACCGAGCAUACGAAGACGGUCGCAUCCGAGGCGAAAAAAGAGGAUCAAACGUCGAAAAAUGACGACACAACGGACGACAGUGACAUCGAGGACGAUUUAAUUUCAGCUAUCAAUUAUAACACCAUCACCUCGUUGGCCGCCCUCAAGGAUAUGCUGCAAUCCUCUGGCGAGGAUUCGGACGGCGUGGACAGUUUCUUUCAUCAUUACUUCCUCUCUCACGUGAAUAGGUUACCGUCGAGAAAUCAGACGCAUAGCCCCUAUCCCUGGGGCAGAAGAUUGUCCGAAUGCAAGGAAGAGGACGAAUACGAGAACGAAGAUGCGAAAAACGUGGACGCGUCGAGCGCCGAGGAUACGGUGAAAAGCAACAAGGAUGACGCCACGAAGACCGAAGAAUCCGAGGAGAGGAACGAGAGCGUCUCCUCGAAAGCCUCUAGUCCGUCUUCCUCCGAGAAAUCGAGUUCCGAAAGGAUCGAUCAGAAAUCGAAUCCUGCUACCUCGAGCAUCUCGGAGCCGAAGAGUCAAACCGCUACCUCCACGGUUAUUUCCAUGACGACGAAGUCGUCGACAACGUCGAUGGCAUCGUUGACAACGUCGACGACCACGUCGUCGACGGCUACGCUGACGACGACGUCGACGACGACGAUCUCGACGACGACGACAACGACGACCACGAUCGUUACAAACACCACCACGACCACCACCAGCACCAGCAGCACGAGCACCAGCACCGGUACGACCGCGUCGUCCAGGUUCACGACGUCGACGGUGACCUCGCCAACGUCGACCACGAAGCCUCCGUUGAGGAGGAGGCACACGACCGGGCCGGGAAUGACUUUCCCCGCGACCGAUCCGCCGACGUACUCGAACAGCAUGACCUUCUCCAGGACAAGCCCCCUCCCUAGUCCGCAUUUCGACAAAAGGUUCUUCGACAGUAGUUUGAUAGAAAUGAAGAGUCAGGCGAGCAGCUCCAGCACCCUUGAUUACGACUCGACAGAGGAGGUCUGGGUUCGCAGGGUGGACUUUGUACAGGAGAGGAAGAGGAAGGAACUUGGAUCGCAACCAUUACCAACGAUCGUAACCGAAGAUGCAGAUACUUCGGGUCAAGCGUCUCACGAUCAAGGUCACAGGCCGCGAGCAGGGACCUGGGGUUCGCAUUCUAGAACUAUCAGGAAACCCACCUCGGGCAGUGCUCCUGGUUCUGGAAAAUCGACUCCUCUCCCGCAGCAAGUGGAGCCUUCAAGUUCAUCAAGUAAAGGCAAGAAAGUUUCUGGCACGCGAUCUGGCUCCACCAGUCGUAGUAAUAGCCGUAGUAAUAGCGCAGAACGCAGAAGAAGCGGUGGAACUGUUGAUGACACAGCCAGCCCUACCAAAAAACCAGCACUCUUUGAUGCGUUUAGACCAAGGAGUAAAUCUGAUGCUAGCAAACGAAAGCCCAGUAUUAUAGCGAAUAUGAAAAGCGCUAUGCAGCAUUCUUUGCACAGAGGCUCACACGGAAGUUCAACGACAGAUAUACGUACAGAUAGGGAUCAUCAUAGAGAUGGCAAGGAUCAUAAGGAAGGUAAAGAACCUAUGGGACGUCCUCGAGCAGGUUCAGAAAGUAGCAGAAAUCCUGUUAGUAAAGUUAUGGAUCUUAUUAGACACAGAAGUCACAGUACCCUUAGUGCAGAUGACAAACGAAAAGCGAGGACUGCAGUCCAACAUCAAUCUCAAUCAACUUCACAAGGAGCGCUUAGAAGGAGUUCUUUGGAUCCAGGUGCCAGAAGAUUUUCUUUGGGUACACCUGCCGUCCCUCAUAGAGCUUCAGAUGCUUGUCUAGAUCCUGUGCACGCCGCCAUUCUCUUCCGAGAUGCGAGAGGGCUGCCAGUCGUGGAUCCUUUCCUGGAGAAAGUUUCGCUGUCUGAUCUCGAGGAGGACGAAUCACAGAUUUUCGUGAAGUUCUUUAAAUUUCACAAAUGUUAUGACCUAAUACCGACCAGUGCCAAAUUGGUCGUUUUCGAUACGCAUCUCCUCGUUAAAAAGGCCUUCUUUGCUCUCGUUUAUAAUGGUGUGAGAGCUGCACCAUUAUGGGACAGUGCAAGACAAGAAUUUAUUGGAAUGCUAACAAUAACAGAUUUUAUAAAAAUCUUGCAGAUGUACUAUACUAGUCCAUCUGUAACAAUGGAUGAAUUAGAAGAACAUGAAUUAGAUACAUGGAGAAAAGUGUUAAAAGAUCAAGUUCAUCCAUUAGUGAGCAUUGGUCCAGAUGCAUCUUUGUAUGAAGCUAUUAAAACUCUAAUUCAAAAUAGAAUUCAUCGUUUGCCUGUGAUAGAUCCAGAUACUGGAAAUGUUCUCUAUAUCUUGACACACAAACGAAUUCUUAGGUUCCUCUUCCUUUAUAUACAUGAGUUACCAAAACCAUCUUUCACAAAUAAAACAUUGAGAGAAUUGAGGAUAGGUACAUUUGAAAAUAUAGAAACAGCAACAGAAGAAACUAGCAUAAUUUUAGCAUUAAAGAAAUUUGUUGAAAGGAGAGUUUCUGCAUUACCAAUUAUUGAUACUGAAGGAAAAUUGGUUAAUAUAUAUUCAAAAUUUGAUGUUAUUAACUUAGCUGCAGAAAAAACAUAUAACAAUUUAGAUGUAUCAUUGAGAGAAGCAAAUGAGCACCGCAAUGAAUGGUUUGAAGGAGUUCAAAGUUGUAAAUUAGAUGAAACCUUAUUUACUAUUAUGGAGAGAAUUGUUAGAGCAGAGGUUCAUAGGUUAGUAGUGGUUGAUGAUGAUGAUAAAGUAAUCGGUAUAAUUUCUCUAUCUGACUUACUCUUCUACCUCGUUCUUAGGCCUUGUGGUGAAGAUGGCAGUAGCAAUAAAGAUAGUUCUAUAUCGUUAAGAGCACAGGAUUCUAUGUCAAAAGCUCCAAGUUCUGUGCAAUCAGAAGCUUCAAUUCCUGAUGGUGAAACAGAAGCUGAACAAGAUACAGCUGAAGUGAACCAAUCUGAAGAAGCACCUGCAACACCUAGUCCACCGCUGAGUCCUGUAGCAUCAGAUAUUUCUGAACCUCAGUCAACUUUAGUAAAUCAAUCUCAAGAAUCAGCAUGGAGAGAAGUAACCGUAUCGGGAGGAGAUUGAGGCAAUGUAAUCUUAAUAUGCUAUCAAGCAUGAUAUAAUGUGAAUCGACUUACUUUAAAAUUGAACUUUAUAGAGUAAUAAGCAAUGUUCAACUAAGUUUAUUUUUCGUUUGUUCUUGAUGCUUGUGUGUUCAAAGCUUAAGAACUUACGUAAAAUGCGAAAUGUUGUUUUUUGCUCGUUAAAUUAAUUUACGUCACAAAAUUAAUUGUUAUUUGAAAUAAUGAAAUCGCAUUGAGUGUGAGAAUAACGAAAUGAAUUUUACUGGACGCGACAAACGACAAUGCGAUGCUCUAUAUAUAUAUAUAAUAAUUGAUAAGCUUAAUUUUUUAUGGUACAAAUGCUACUCAGCAUAGACGUUCGAGCUUUUUGCCAGGAACGAUUGCUACGCCAUUAUUUACUCAGGGUAUAAUAUUCUAUACACCCUUUCUUCAAUCGUAUACUGGGAAUGUUUCAAUAGAACUUUUAAAAUAGUGGUUUCUUGCAUCCUUUAGAUUUAUAAUAUUGCUAUGCUCCUUCUUAUACUGAAAUCUUUGUAUUUUAUUUCAGAUCAAAAAUUAUGAGAUAAUUUACUUUAUUUACAUCAAAUAGUGUAGAAAAAUGUCCAGACGAUAUGAUAAAGUAGCCCUAUAUCAAAGAGUGCUCCAUAAUUCAUAAAUAUGGACCUCGUUUUUACAGAGGCCUUCCACGCUUUUCCUGACAGGAACGAAAUACUAUAGUGUUAAGCAAAUAUCUAAAUAUGUAUAUCCUGUAUGCUUAUCUAUAAAAAAAGUAGCUUCUUGUCCGUGAAUUAUCACGUUAGAUGUCUGAAUACUAGAAACUGAUGUGCAUAAUAAACGAUUUUGUUUUAAACAAUUGCACAGCAUGUGAUAUUUUACAAAAAAAUAAAAAAAAGGAAAAAACAUGGUGCUUUUGAUUUUGCAUUAACAGCUGACUCUGAUAUAGCAAACAAAUGGAAGUAGUAUGCAUACAAUGAAUAACAAUAAAAUAUAUAUCAUAGAAAAAAAUAUUCGAAAUUAAUUGUAUUAUUAUGUAACUUCUAUAUCAGCUUCAUGAAAUAUUUCAGUACAGGAAAGCAAUACUUAUAUAAAAUCAAAUUAUUAUCUAUUGUUGAAUUUAUAGAUUAUUAUUUCAUGUAUCUUUUUUAAAAAGUAAUAUUUACAAGACAAAAAUACAUUAAGUAUUAAAGGGCCUAUAAAAAUGAAUGAUAACAAUUCUACACUUAAUAUGCGCUGCCAUUGUUAUACUAAUUGUUUUAAUUAAUGUUUUACGUAUAUAACAAUAUUUGCAGCACAUUCUUCAAGUUUCGUACUUUCAAAAUGUAUAAUUAAUAAUUACGAAUACGUCAAGUUAAUUUUAGAUUUGUGUGUACAUAAAAUUUUAUUUAGUAAUAUUUCUUUUAAAUAUUCCUAUGUUUGUAUUUGUUUUACAAGAAAUUUUUAUAAAUAAAUU